GCCAUUCGAGUUGGUCCUCCCUCUCUCUCUCUCUCUCCCGUACGAGAGAAUUUUGAUUUUACAUUAACGUAAAGACUUUAUACUUAGUUGUCGGUCACUUAUAAAUUUUAGAUUUAUUUAAAUCUUAGUAUCUAUUUGUGGAAUCUGAGCUAGAUUUAUCUCAUUCUUAGCGAUUAUAUGUGGAAUCUGAGCAGACGUUGCAAAAGUGUGUAACUGCACCUUUUUGGAGGAAUAUAGUGAAUUUUGGAGGAAUAUAGUGAAUUUUGGAGGCUGCAGCAGAAAUAUAAUUGGUAUACCAAGAGGUUGCGGAACCAAAGAUGAGUAGCAUCGAGAAAACGCCUUUGGAAGUGGCACAGAUGGUGGAAGAAGCCGAGACCAGGAUUCGCCAAUAUAUUCUCCACACGCCUCUCGCUUACACUCCUCGUCUGUCCAAGGACAGUGGCGUCGAGGUAUAUCUUAAACUCGAAAACGAACAAUGGACGGGCUCCUUCAAAAUAAGGGGGGCCUUUAAUAAACUGAGUAUCCUUAAGACUGAAGGUGUGUCGAAAAUCUACACAGCAACCACAGGAAAUCACGGGAUGGCAUCCGCUCUGGGUUGCAAGACGCUGGGACUCGAUGGAAUAGUCGUUGUGCCAGUCAGUUCAGACAGUGAGAAGAAGGAAAAACUCUUGGAAGCAGGUGUCAAUUUAUUACAACACGGCUGUGAUUGCUUCGAAGCCGAAGAGCAUGCACGCGGCUUGGCAGAGAGGGAGCGAGUGCCGUACCUAUCUCCUUACAAUGAUUACCACGUUAUUGCUGGACAGGGAACGACUGGCAUAGAACUCAUAAAGGAUCUCCCUGACGUAGAUGCGGUUUUCGUGUCUGUUGGAGGCGGGAGUCUUAUUGGAGGAAUAGCUGCUUACUUGAAAUGCAAGAGACCACAGUGUAAGAUUAUCGGAUGCUCGCCUAGAAACAACAAGGUGAUGCACGAGUCGGUUAAAAACGGUCAAAUCAUUCAAGAAGAGAGUUACGACACCCUCUCCGAUGGCACUGGUGGAGGCAUUGAACCUGGAACAGUAACUUUCCCGCUUUGCCGAGACCUGGUGGACGAUUGGGUGCUUGUUGAAGAAGAAGAAAUAGCAGACGCUAUUUUCUACUGCCUUCAGGCACAUAAGAAGGUGAUCGAAGGGGCAGCUGGGGUGCCACUUGCAGCUCUGAAAAAGGUCAGCGGCAACUUCAAAGGGAAGAGAGUGGCCGUGGUGCUCUGCGGUGCCAACAUCAGCACGAGAAACUUACAGUUGAUCCUGAAUACCCAUCCCUAAAAAUCGCCUUGAUGUCUGAUGGUCAUACUGGCUAAGGAUUACAGUUGCCUGGACCCAAAAAUCUGUAAUAAGUUACAGCUUAAGACUUUUUAUAAUGAAUCAAAUUUGCCAGUUGUAGCAGUAAUUGUACAAUACAUUGGGUAAUGACAAAAGAAAAUUAAAAGUAAAAUUAAAAAUACCUGAAAAAGUCAAAUGUUAGUUAACGAUUGGUAAACUGGUAAAACAGGAGAAAAUGUAACACAUUUCUUCAAUGAUAUGUUAUCGAUAAAAUAGUUUGAUAGAAAUGUCCGUAGCGCGGAUUUAGAAAUCUUUCAUGGGGGCCACUUAGGAUUUUACCAUAUAUAUAUAUAUAUAUAUAUAUAUAUAUAUUAUAUAUAUAUAUAUGUAUAUUGUAUGUACUGAAUUACAAGGAGUUACAAGGAUUAGGAUGUCUCAAACUUAUUAGUCCAUCUGAGGAGACAUCGUGUGCUCACUUAUCUUUAGGAGCAGGUUUUACCAUUCAUUCACAGUGUUCUAAUGAUUUUGUCUAGCUUUCUUUUGAACUCUUCCACACUGCUGCUGUUAACAACUUCUCAUGGCAGUUUAUUCCAUGUGUCACAUAUCUUGCUUGUGAAGAAGGUCCCACAAUGCGAUGUGUUGUAUCGUUUUAGUUCUAGUUUCCAUCCAUUAUUUCUUGCCUUGUUAUCGUUUAAUGUGAAGAGAUUACUGUCUACUUUUGUUAUGCCUUUCAGUAUUUUGAAUGUCUUCAUUAGUCGUCCUCGCAAUUGUCGUGUUUCUAGCUUAUACAUGUUCAGGCUCACUAGUCGUCUUUGGUGACCUAUUUGCCUGAUGGAUGGAAUUAACUUUGUGGCUCUUGCUUGUACCCCUUUUAGUCUAUUUACGCAUGUCCCUUUUUAGUGUUGGUGACCAAAACUGUACUUCAUGUUCAAGAUGUGGUCUAACUAUUGAUGAGUAGAGCUGCAGCACCGCCUCCUUAUUUCUGUAUCUGAACUGCCUCUUUACAUAUCCCAUUAGUUUCUGUGCCUUCGUUUAAGCUUUUAUGCAUUGUCUUGUGGAUUUUAAGUCCUUGGUAAUAAUAACUCCAGGUCCUCUUCUCGUUCUACACUAUUUAUGUCAUUCCCAAGCAGCACGUAGUUGGCAUGCGAGUUGUUUUUCCUAUUUGAAACACUAUACAUUUAUCCAGGUUAAAAGGCAUUUGCCAUGUUUUUGACCACUCCUAUUUUCCAUAGAUCAUUUCUUAAACUUUCUACUGUAUCUUGGUCUGCUACAUUUACACCUAGUUUGGUGUCAGUUGCAAAUUUGGCUAUCUUGCUAGUGAAAACUACAAUUUGACCAUUCUGAUUCUUCACCAUUUAUUACGACUCUGUUUUGUAUUAGUUAGCCAUUCUUCGAUCCAGUCUGCUAUUUCCUCUACAAUUCCUAAACCUCUAACUUUUGUCAUUAGUUUCUCGUGUAAUACUUUGUCAAAGGCCUUUUGGAAAUCUAAGUAGAGCAUAUCUAUUGCUCUACUACUGUCAUAAAUACAAGCAUGUUAUGAAAAACUCCAAGAGGUUUGAUAGGCAGGAUCUGUUUUGUUUGAAACCGUGUUGGCUGUUUAACAAUAAGUUGUUUCUAUCAACGUGUGUGUUGUGUGUGUGUGUGAGAGAGAGAGAGAGAGAUUAUAAUUCUGAAGAUUGUUACGUUGUUUCCAACACGUGUAGCUUACAAAGAAGUAGCAAGUGAAGUUUCUUUGGCAAAUAUGAGCAUUGAAUGCAUGCAUAAAGAAAAAUAUAAUUUUUUCAGUGUUUCUAUCAUUAUUUUACGUUUGUGCAAUGGGUACACAUUAUCAAAAUCUAAUUAUAUCUUUGAGAUUUACACAUCAAUCUAUCCGCCACUGCACGGUAGGAUGCUACUAAUUUGUUAAGCAAAGCAGUUUGCAUUAGAGCACAAAAUUUGGCCCGUGACGUUAGAAUAGUUUUUCAGCCAAUUAGUUUGGGUACCUUUUACCGUUUAAUUAUUUCACUGUUAUCAAAAGUAAAUACUAAAUACAGCCUAUUUACUCAUUUUUGCCAUAAUUAUAAAGCAAUAGAAUUGGAUUUGUUUGUAAGGCGCUAAUUUUUGGUGGAAAAAUAUCUGGGAAGAGUCGUGGGUGAAGUAGUUUUCAAACUGCAAGCCUUAUUUCAACUUGUAACUGUGGGCUGAGUUCUUCUUUUUUGCUUUGGGUGUUGCUUGUUUGUUGGGAUUUUUGCAAAAAAGCAUUCAAGUACUUUAAUCUGUAUAUACCUGAAAUAAAGGAAAGCCAGAUAAAACUUC